UUACAAUAAUAUAAUGGGACUCCGUACGCAUCAUUUGCAUAUUAUUCUGUUUUUUUUCUAUUCGUAGAAUUUACUGAUUGCGACUAUUAUUCGCCGCGAGUUAUAAUUAUCGCCUGUGAUAUAUAGCGUUUAAGUGGCAAUUGAUAUAAACAACGUCAUCAUUGGUCACUGAUAUCGUUUUAAGGCCACUGUAAUUAAUUCAAGAAAUUGAAAACGCAAUUGUAAAUUGCAGUGUGCUUCACGGACAGAGUGCAUGUGCUUAUAUAUGCGCGUAGAAGGAAAAAUAGGAGAAACGUAGGUGUAGGGUGUUAACAGCGAAAAUGAGUUGGCUACGAAGUAGUCCGCUCAGGAGUAGUUUUACGAAGCAACGCUCCAGAGAUUCGCCACCCAAGGACGCUGAUCCAAUUGCCUGCUAUGACAGCUUUCGCGAACACUGGCAGCAAAGCCAUGUUAUUAUUUGUCAUUCGAUCCCUCCAAAGGGUAUUCCUAGUCAUGAUGAUGUUUUGGGCGUUGUUAAUCACGUUGAACAAAUGAUAAUGUUAUUACUUCUGGAGCUACGCGACUUUUCUCUUCAGCAUAGACAUCAGAAUCAACGAUUGCAGCAGCGAAACAUGAUAUCCGCGGCUCAACUCAACACCCAUUGCUCUCCUUGCCUCGAAUACUUAUUAAGUGAAAAUCUUCUCGAUAAGCUAUACGAAUGGAGUAAUCAUACUGGAAGGUUCGGAGAUGCCGUGCGAUUGAAACAACUGAAACUUUAUGAAUUAUUAAUAUCUCAUGAUAGUUCUCUCUUAGCUCAUGAGCCAGUAACAAGACCUUUAUUGCAUUUAUUAGAUAAAUGCGCUGGUGACAUAAUGCUUCCAGAAGUACAAAAGAAGUUAGUCGUCUUAUUGAAUUAUGUAUGCGUUUCGCUUGUUCAAAACACUGAACUUUUGGGACUGUUCUUUCGACCGACAGCAACAGGAAGAAAUCGUUUUAUCAUAUUUACGCUAUUAACUCCAUAUAUACAUCGAGAGGGGGGAGUUGGUCAACAAGCAAGAGAUGCCAUGUUAUUGUGUAUGUCUCUUUCAAAAAAAAAUGAUGAAAUUGGAAAUUAUAUCGCAGAUGAAUCCCAUAUUUGCUCCGUAUUAGCAACUGGUCUUAGUGGCUUGUACUGCCUACUUCCAACAACAUUAGAUAUUGACAGUGAAGAUUGGCACAGACUUACUGUCGAUGAUAUCAAUGACUUACCAGCAUUGACUCAAUUAAUGAAUUCUUUAGAGUUUUGUAAUGCAGUUACUCAAGUUGUUCAUCCUUUGGUGCAAAAACAAUUGUUAGAAUUUUUGUAUCGUGGAUUUUUAGUUCCUGUCAUAGGUCCAGCACUUCUACAGGAUUCUAUUGGUUUGGCCUUGGAUGAACUUGAUUCAACAGUUUAUCGGACAACCUCGGAUGAAUUGGUUGCAGCAACAGCAUAUUUCGACUUAUUUCUUCGAUCGGUCACUGAACCUGGUUUACUGCAAUCAUUGAUUAAAUUUUUGUUGGAGGAAAAUUAUGACGAUAAUCGGAUAUUAGAUCAUCUUAUUCGGAGAAUAUCUUCUCAAAGAUCUAGAUUAAGCAUGGUAACGCUGGCGCUGUUUGAGACGUUGGUUGACUUGAAUUGCGAGGACGUGAUGCUAGAAUUGUGCCUUGGGGCCCUUGCCCCCUGCUCCCACGUAAUGUUAUCCCAGCGGCGGAGAUUACUUCGCGACCUGGAUCCCUUCGGUCGUUGCGCUGAAAAAUUCCUCUCGCUCACACCAAAUUGCUGCGCUGUCGCCUCACCGUCCAUCUACAUCGCCGCAGCGGCCAUCGCUUCCGUCUCACCCAACUCUUCUCCAAAUCUCCUUCGCCAGGCAUCUAACAUCAGCAUCCCAGCUACUACAGGCCAAGUUGUACAAAAACAGAGUUCUGCAUUUAAAAAUGCAAAAUUAUCAACAGCUAUGAUGGCAGACAGUUUAUAUAAUAAUUAUUACGCUUACUUGAGGGAUGCCAGGCAGAAGAUUGCUGCUUGUCAGUUGGCUUGUACAAAUUGGUCAAGAAGGUACGAAGACGAGGAGGAAGAUGUCGACGAAUCGGACAACGAAAAUUGUAAUUGCAACGAGUAUUGCAAUGAGAAUUUCAAUGACUCAAGUAUUUUCAACAGUGCCCAUAAUAGUCAAGACAAAGAUGCCAAUGACCGGAUUAACAGUAAUGAUGCUAUUCGCACGAGUCAAAAUUCAGUAUCAAGAAAAAAUAGUACCGUAGAAAAUGCAGGCAGCAUUCGUUUAAGUAUUUCGGACCAAUUAGCAAUAAAGCCAGAGGUUGAAUUCGAGUUCGAGCCGAACGAAGUGACGAGUCAACUCACGCAAGCCGAGAGGGAGAAACUGAAUGCCGAUAUCGCUGAAUUGCUCGGAGAGAAGAUCGAAGAUCAAAAAUUCAUCCGAGCACCUGUAACCGUAGAUCCUAAAAUGCUAAGUAUCAAUGCGAACGAGUCCAAUACGACGUUAAAUUCCCUGCAGCUGUCACUCAGCGGCGGUGAGAGCAGUGGCUACGAAAGUUUCGCCUUCAAAGGCUCCAAUGAAUCGACCCCUGUGAAUGACUACGACGACGAAAGUUGUAGCGACUCGAAAAAGAGCCCCGUAAGAGCUUCAAAAUCCGCAAUUGUUGAAAAGAGCGAAGCCUCGAGCCAAUCACAUAGAAACGGCAAUCAGUUACAUCACCAUCAGCAAAAAUCGGAACAACCCAUGACAUGUGAUAGUCGUCGAAUGCAGAUGCAAAGACGACGUCGUUUACAGAGAAGAAGUGCGAUUACGAAAAAUGCAGCUGCCAAUCGGCAGCAAGACAUCGUUGACGGUCAGCCUCCUAGCGUUGGCAUUUUUCUAGAUAUUAUAUUAAAAAAAUUGGAGUGUAUGACUGACAAUAAUGUUUAUGUCAAUUUGCAUUUGACUGGUUUAAUCAGCCGCCUUGCCAUUUAUCCUCAGCCUCUCUUGCAGUCCUUUUUACUAAAUCACUCGUUAGUCUUUCAACCGAGCAUCAGAUCACUGUUCCAGGUUCUUGCAUCGUUGAAACAUAAAAUUGAUGGAUUUAUUUUAAAACAACAAGAAGAUGUUAGUAUUCUCGUAGAACAAGCUAGAGUAUUUUUGAUAUCUCGAGAAAAUAGGUUAGUGAAUGCAAGAAAAAAUACUCUUGAAGCUGCUGCUCAAUUUCCCAAUUCGAAAAAACAUUAUGUGGGUGGAGAAUUAGUUUGUACAAAUGCAUCGAUGCAGCCAAUGCCAACAAGAGUUAUAGAGCCGAAAAGAAGGAGUUUAACGUCCUCGUUAACACAAAUAUUUAGAAAAUCCAGUAGUCUAGAAUCGAAUGUAAUGAGCACAGAAUCUUUGAACAGUAACGAUUCAUUUGCGUACAUUGCUGAAGAGGAAACGAAAAAUGGCAAUUUGAAAAACAAUAAUAGGUAUUAUGAUCAAGGCUCAUGGGAGCUGCCGAAAAAGUUUGAUCACGUUCAGAAUAUCGUACUUUGUGCAGUAAUAUUGGAUGAAUGGCUCAAAGAACUCGCAGCUAUAACUCAGGAGCAUACAAUUAUUAGUUGGUUCACUACGAGUACCGCAUCAAACAAUUCUAAAUUUCAGUCCUGAUUGUUUUGGCUUAUAAAUGAAAAGUA